GCUCUGUACGCGCAGGCUCAGCGGCCAUGGUUCACGGGCCUAGCGGCUCCACAGCACGUGGGAUCUUCCCGGACCCGGGCAGGAACCCGUGUCCCCUGCAUCGGCAGGCGGACUCUCAACCACUGCGCCACCAGGGAAGCCCUACUGAUCUUUUUAUUUGGCUCCACGGUUUUGCCUUUUCCAGAAUGUCUUGCAGUUGGAAUCAUACAGUAUGUAACCUUUUCAGAUUGGCUUUUUUCACUUAGUAAUAUGAGUUUAUGAGUUUAAGGUUGUCUUAUGUCCUUUUUUUUUUUUGGUCAUAUGUCUUUUCAUGGCUUGAUAGCUCAUUUCUUUUUAGUGCUGAGUAAUAUUCCUUGCCUGGAUGUACAACAGUUUAUUUACCCAUUCACCUACUGAAGGACAUUUUUUUUUUUUUUUGGCCCUGCUGAGCGGCUUUUGGGAUUUUAGUUCCCCAACCAGGGAUUGAACUGAGGCCCUCGGCAGUGAGAGCGUGGAGUCCUAACUACUGGACCACCAGGGAAUUCCCCUGAAGGACAUUUUGGUUGCUUCCAAGUUUGCACUGACUGAGAGUUCCUGUUGCUCCACAUCCUCACCAGCAUUUGUUGUUGUCAAUGUAUUGGAUUUUGGCCAUUCUAAUAGAUAUAUUCUCCUAGUCUGUGGCUUGUCUUCUUAUUCUCCUGAUGGCCAGUCGAUUUUUGAAAAGAGUGCCAAAACGACUCAAUGGGGCAAAGAAUAGUCUGGAACAACAGGGUAUCCUCAUACAAAUAAAUGAAUGAAGUUGGACCCCUACCUCACAUGACAUACAAAAAUUAACUCAAAAUUGACAGAAGACCUAAAUGUAAGAGCUGAAACUAUAAAAAUGCUGUUGUGACUUUGUUAAAUUAACAUUUGUUAAGUGGAGCCCUGAGGAUGUUGGGUGAGGAAUCUCUGAUCAACAAAAGACCAGGAAGGAAUUGAGAGAGAAGUUUGUUACAGGUUCUGGAAGAAGUACACCACACACUGUGAGGGGCCACACCAGGAGGCUAAGGCAUAGUGCAGGCAGAAGGCAUGGCAGGACCUGGGGGACAGGCUUUUAUUAGGGUCUGCAGGUAGAGUGCUUUGGGGUUUCCAGGCUGAGUCUGGAUUGGUCAGUUCAAAGCAAAAAGAGUGGGGUUCUGGCAAGCUUAUCUGAGGAUCACACGAGGGGCCAUUCCUGGGAGGUGGGAGAGAAUGCUUAUCAGGAGGACAGUUCAGGAAUUCAUAUCAGGAGCUUACAUUAUUUACCUGUGAGUCUGUAGGCUGUUAUCUAGGGCAUGCACUCUUGGGAGGGGUUAAUAUCAGUUCAAGACCCCCCCGCAGGCUGCGUGGCCACACAAAAUGGGUCCCAAGACAACAAUGUUAUCUAGUAGUUUAGCUAAACUCCAAACAAACUCUUACAAGAAAACAUAGGAGUAACUCUUUAUGACUGUGGAUUAGGCAAUGGUUUUGUAGGCAGAUAGGGUAGGAGGUCCCUGAAGGAAGAGAACCAGACAUAAUUUCUUGACAUAACCAGAUUAACUGGAACCUAAGGAAUGACAGUGUUGACUUUUUCUGACCCUCGUGAUCCAGUCAGCUAGAGCCUGGACUCUGUCAACCUUUGCCACAAUUCUGGGCUGAAUUCUCCUCUGCUCAAGCCCCUUCAUGAACAUGUAUGCACCCUCAGCUUAAGUCAUCCUCAAUUUUGCUGGUCAGAGAGACCCUGCUUUGGGAAAUAACCCUGGUGUUCUCCUUACUUGCUGCAAGUAAUAAAUCCUUCCUUCUCCAGCUCUUUGACUUGGUGUUGUCUUUUGUUAGAUACCCACCAAGGGGCGAAUGCAGUUUUCAGGUAACGGUUUCACAAACAUGACACCAAAAGUUCAAGCAACCUAAGAAAAAUAUAGAUGAAUUGGAAUUCAUCAAAAUUAAAAACUGGGGACUUCCCUGGCGGUCCAGCUAAGACUCAGAGCUUCCACUGCACAGGGCACAGGUUUGAUCCCUGGCUGGGGAACUAAGAUCCGCAUGCUGCACGGUGCGGCCAAAAAAAAAAAUAAAUAAAAACAAAAUUUAAAACUUUUGUGUUCAAUGGAUACCACCAAGAAAGUUAAACGAGGGAAUUCCCUGGUGGUCCAGUGGUGAGGACUCGGCGCUUUCAAUGCUGUGGCCGGGGUUCAAUCCCUGGUCAGGGAACUAAGAUCCUGCAAGCUGCGUGGCUCAGCCAAACAAAAGAAAAAAAAAAAAGGAAAAGAUUAAAAUCCACAGAACAGGAAAAAUUUUGCAAAUCAUAUAUCUGAUAAGGGGAUUGUAUCUAGAAUAUAUAAAGAACUCUCGGGGCUUCCCUGGUGGCGCAGUGGUUGAGAGUCCGCCUGCCGAUGCGGGGGACGCGGGUUCAUGCCCCGGUCCGGGAGGAUCCCACGUGCCGCGGAGCGGCUGGGCCCGUGAGCCAUGGCCGCUGAGCCUGCGCAUCCGGAGCCUGUGCUCCGCAACGGGAGAGGCCACAGCAGUGAGAGGCCCGCGUACCACACACACAAAAAAAACAAAAACAAAUAAAAAUGCACGAAAGAUAUGAAUAGACAUUUCUUCAAAGAAGACAUAUAAAUGUCCAAUAAGCACAUGGAAAUAUUCUUAACAUCAUUAGUCUUUAGGGAAAUGCAAACCAAAACCACAGUGCGAUGCACCCCCUAGGAUGGCUGUUGUUAAAAAGUCAGAUAAUAAUAAGUGUUGAAGAUAAUGUGGAAUAAUUGGAACCCUUUUACACUGCUGGUGGGAAUGGUAAGUUGGUGCAGCUGCUUUGGAAAACCACUGGCCAGUGGUUAAGACUCCGCGCUUCCAAUGCAGGGGGCACGGGUCAGAGUAGGAUCCCACGUGUCCCGCAGUGCAGCCAAAAAAAAAAAAAGAAUAAAGUGGUGGUACCACACAGAUAAAUCUUGAAAACAUUAUGCUAAGUGAAAGAAGCCAGUUACAAAAGACCACAUGUUGUCUGAUUUUAUUUGUAUGAACAGGCAAAUCUAUAGAGACAAAGAGUAGAUUAAUGGUUUCCAGAGGGUUGGGGGGUGGGGGAUGGGAAGUGACUGCUAACAGGUACAGGGUUUCUUUCUGGGGUGAUUAAAUGUUCUGAAAUUAGAUAGUGGUGAUGGUUGCACAAUUACGUAGAUACAAAAAAAAACACAGAACUGUACAUUUUAAGCUGGUGAGUAUUAUGGUAUGUGAAUCAAGCUGUCAUAAAAAUAAAAGAUUAAGGGACUUCCCUGGUGGUCCAGUGGUUAAGACUCUGCACUCCCAAUGCAGGGGGCCAGGGUUCGAUCCCUGGUCAGGGAACUAGAUCCCGCAUGCCGCAACUAAAGAUCCUGCAUGCCGCAAUGAAGAUCCCGCGUGCCACAACCAAGACCUGAUGCAGCCAAAUAAAUAAAUUAAAAAAAUAAAUAUUUAAAAACUAAAUAAAUAAAAUAAAUAAAAGAUAAAGCACCAAACUGUUUGCAAGAAAGAAUUCCAGGGACAGGAAGGGCUGAGUGGCCAGAGAGAGAUGAAGCCUCUGAUUGCUCUGGUUGGUACACAGAGGAACAGACCAAGAAGUUGGGAGACCAUUGUUUUCCCCUAAACUGGCCCCUUCUGCAUUGCUUGACUCAGGUAAAGGCAUUACUCUCCCAACUACUCUUAGUCACAGAGACUACGUACCACACGUGACCCAGAUGUCCCUACGUCAUUUUGCCUCCUGGAGCUCCCCUUUCUGUUAGCAUCUGAACGACGUGGCUCAAACAGAUCCUUUAUCUCAGGUAUCCAGGCCCUCCUCAGCUUCCAGGAGCUUUUUUUGGGGGAAGGGGUUGAGGCAAAAGAAAUCUUACAUUUUUCCCUUGUCAUCGCUAUCUUUUCCUCCACUUUUGUCUGUCUCCUGCAGCUUUUGUCCUCUCUUGUCUACAUGCUGGCAGCCCCCUCCCCGAGUCUGCUAUUCUCCCCAGGGCCAAAUUUAGCCCAAAUUCCACCGUUCAAAGUCCACCAGCAUGUUGUCGCAUAUUACCUUUCCAAAAUGACCCCCAUUACUCCUCACCAUGAACUGGUUUCCCAGCUCUUCCUUCUUCUUCUUUUUGGCUGAACCUCUCAGCUUGGGAUCUUAGUUCCCAGACCAGGGAUAGAACCCAUGUCCCCUGCAAUGGAAGCAUGGAGUCCUAGCCACUGGACCACCAGAUGGUGGUCUCUCUUCCUUAUUUAUGUCCCCCGUCCCUGGCAAUGGCAGUCAUGUCUGUCCCCACCUGUUCCAGUCCUUACCAGCGGUGCAUUCUCUCCCCCAUUUCCUGUCAGCCCCUCUGCCCGAGGCUGGCCCUGGUUCCUUGCACCGAUCCUGUUGGACCUCCGUGGGAAGAGGAGGGCUUCUGGUUUUCCCUAGCUAGCUGCCCAACCCUUCUAACCCCCAGACUGCACUCUCUGAAAUCUGCCAGAGCAAGGGAGGAGUGGAGCUGAAGUUAGUCCGACUGAAUCCAUGGUGGUGGUGUGUGUUGCUCAAAACCAGACCGUUUGAUCUGCUACUAUGAACAUUACCCCUGGCCUCUGUUGACCUAGCGGUGUUAGGCAGUGUAAGAAAUCUGCAUUUUGCAUCUAUGUUUUUAAAUUUGUUUACUUUAAAUUAGUAUAUAAUGUAUGUCUAUAAAUUAUUAUAAAUAAUUUGUAUUUAUUUAUAUUCUCUUUAUUUAACCCCUUUUUGGUCCUCCCUUCUCCAUGAAGAUUCCAGCUCAUUCAGGUUGUGCUUAGAAGAGCCAAGAAGGGGCUCUUCUCUGUGGUGUAAACACAGAUUCUCCCAUGGACCAGCAGCAGGAGUGGGGGGAUCUUGGGAAGGUGGUGAACUGAGGAUAUCAGUCCCCCUUCCAGGAACCUGGGAAUUUCUGUGUCCUUUUGCCAAGGUCUGUGGGUGGGUAGUUCUCUGGCCUCCUGCAAUAACUACCUGUGGAGUCUCCUGCCCCAUCCUCCCCCUAAAAAUGGCCAAGCCAACCCGCCUCUGCUGCCAGCUGGCUCCCCACCCCCCAAAAGCCAGGCCCCCCGGUCUGCUUGCGGUCAGCCACCUUCUUCACUGCAAUUUUCGGACCUCCCUGUCCCCCGCCUGCCUUGCCCACCCACCCUGCUUGGCUGCUUGUAAAACUCGCGAUACUUUGAGACCCAAGCAUAAGUCCCAUUUCCUGAAGGCGGAACUACCCUCCUCAGCUUCACAGCACCUCCUUCCGGGAGUGUAUCACGUGGUUGGCACAACGUGCUCUGGCGCGAGUGGGGGGUACUGACGUCUGCACCAGUAACAGGCUGCUAACCGAAGAGUCUUUCCAGGUAUCUGCCAAGUCUGCAAAGCCCUUUCAGUUACCAGCCCUGUCCCUUCUCACACCCCGCGCAGCUCUGCAGGAAGACUGCAUUUUACAGACUAUUGAGCCUCCGUCACCCGCAGCGACCAGGCGUCAGCCCGCAGCUUCCAGGCAACGCAGCACGAGACCUUCCAGUCGCCGUUUCCCGCCCAAAGUGACAACCAAUCAAAAGCGAGUUCGCCUGUUAAGGAAACGGCCAAUCACCAUUGGGGUCUUGGCCUGGGGUCCGCCCCUAAAGUGGUCAGAGCCAAUGGCAGUUGCGCGGCCGGCAAGCCAAUCAGGAUACGGCGUGUGGUGCGGCGGGUCGGCAGUUGGGCGCGUGGCGUCGGACUGAGAGGAAGUUGGGUCGUAGUGAGGCCAGGUGGUGAUCACCAUGCGCGAGUGCAUCUCUAUCCACGUGGGGCAGGCGGGGGUCCAGAUUGGCAAUGCCUGCUGGGAGCUAUACUGCCUUGAACACGGAAUUCAGCCCGACGGCCAGAUGCCAAGCGACAAAACCAUCGGCGGUGGGGAUGACUCAUUCAACACGUUCUUCAGUGAGACCGGGGCUGGCAAGCAUGUGCCCAGAGCCGUGUUCGUGGUCCACGUGGGGCAGGCGGGGGUCCAGAUCGGCAAUGCCUGCUGGGAGCUAUACUGCCUUGAACAUGGAAUUCAGCCUGACAGCCAGAUGCCAAGCAACAAAACAGUCGGCAGUGGGGAUGACUCAUUCAACACGUUCUUCAGUGAGACCGGGGCUGGCAAGCAUGUGCCCAGAGCCGUGUUCGUGGACCUGGAGCCCACCGUGGUCGAUGAAGUGCGCACGGGGACCUACAGGCAGCUCUUCCACCCGGAGCAGCUGAUCACCGGGAAGGAGGACGCGGCCAAUAACUACGCCAGAGGCCAUUACACCAUCGGCAAGGAGAUCGUCGAUCUGGUCCUGGACCGGAUCCGCAAACUGGCGGACCUGUGCACGGGCCUGCAGGGCUUCCUCAUCUUCCACAGCUUCGGGGGCGGCACCGGCUCGGGCUUUGCGUCUCUGCUCAUGGAGCGGCUCUCGGUGGACUACGGCAAGAAGUCCAAGCUGGAGUUCGCCAUCUACCCGGCCCCCCAGGUGUCCACGGCCGUGGUGGAGCCCUACAACUCCAUCCUGACCACGCACACGACCCUGGAGCACUCGGACUGUGCCUUCAUGGUGGACAACGAGGCCAUCUAUGACAUCUGCCGGCGCAACCUGGACAUAGAGCGGCCCACGUACACCAAUCUUAACCGUCUGAUCGGGCAGAUCGUGUCCUCUAUAACGGCCUCCCUGCGCUUUGACGGCGCCCUCAACGUGGACCUGACGGAGUUCCAGACCAACCUGGUGCCCUACCCCCGCAUCCACUUCCCCCUGGCCACGUACGCCCCGGUCAUCUCGGCCGAGAAGGCCUACCAUGAGCAGCUGUCCGUGGCCGAGAUCACCAACGCCUGCUUCGAGCCAGCCAACCAGAUGGUCAAGUGUGACCCUCGCCACGGCAAGUACAUGGCCUGCUGCAUGCUGUACAGGGGGGAUGUGGUCCCCAAAGACGUCAAUGCGGCCAUCGCCACCAUCAAGACCAAGCGCACCAUCCAGUUUGUGGACUGGUGUCCGACUGGGUUCAAGGUGGGCAUCAACUACCAGCCCCCCACAGUGGUCCCGGGGGGAGACCUGGCCAAGGUGCAGCGGGCUGUGUGCAUGCUGAGCAACACCACGGCCAUCGCCGAGGCCUGGGCCCGCCUGGACCACAAGUUCGACCUCAUGUACGCCAAGCGUGCCUUCGUGCACUGGUACGUGGGGGAGGGCAUGGAGGAGGGCGAGUUCUCGGAGGCCCGGGAGGACCUGGCAGCACUGGAGAAAGAUUACGAAGAGGUGGGUGUGGACUCGGUGGAAGCGGAGGCCGAGGAAGGGGAAGAGUACUGAAUGGGAGGGAGCAGCUAGUGGCCCCCUGUA